GCAAAGAGUCCAUACAAGUGUUCUUACUGUGGAAAGAGCUUCAAAAAGAGAUCCCAACUCACCUACCACCAACGCGUCCACACAGGAGAGAGACCCUACAGGUGCUCUGAGUGUGGGAAGAGCUUCACAAGGAGUUCCCACCUCACCUCCCACCAACGCAUCCAUACAGGAGAGAGACCCUACAAGUGCUCUGAGUGUGGGAAAAGCUUCAAAAGCAGUUCUUACCUCAGGUCCCACCAGCACAUCCACACAGGAGAGAAACCCUAUAAGUGCUCUGACUGUGGAAAGACCUUCAAAAGCAGUUACGAUUUGAAGCUGCAUGGGCGUGUACACACAGGAGAGAAACCCUACAAGUGCUUGCAGUGUGGGAAGAACUUCAAAAGCAGUUCUGAACUGAAGCUGCACCAGCGUAUACACACAGAGGAGAGACCCUUUCAGUGCUCUGAGUGUGGGAAGACUGUAAAAAGCCGUUCCCACCUCAUCUACCACCAGCGCUUCCACACGGGAGAGAGACCCUACAAGUGCUCUGACUGUGGGAAGAGCUUCAAAAGCAGUUCUGAACUGAGGAGCCACAAGCGCAUCCACACAGGGGAGAGACCCUACAAGUGCCCUGAGUGUGGGAAGACCGUAAAAAGCCGUGCCCACCUCAUCUACCACCAGCGUAUACACACGGGAGAGAGACCUUACAAGUGCUCUGAGUGUGGGAAGAGCUUCAAAAGCAGUUAUGAAUUGAAGUGCCACCAGCGCAUCCACACAGGGGAGCGACCCUACAAGUGUCCUGAGUGUGGGAAGAGCUUCAGAAGGAGUUGUGAAUUGAAGAACCACCAGCACACCCACACAGGAGAGAGACCCUGUAAGUGUCCUGAGCGUGAGAAGAGCUUUAAAUGAAGAUGUAAUCUCAACACCCACCAUCCCCAGCGCACACAGGCUGUAGAAGCAUCUCAAGACUCUGGAAACCUUCAAAAGCGGUUCCAUCUCCCUUACCUACCAGCACAGCCAAGCAAGAUACAGAGCCUGCAAUGCCCCAAACAUGGGAAGAGUUUCAGCCAGAACCCCAGCCUGGUAACCAACUGUGGCUUUGUGUGGUGAUGAACCUUACAAAUCCCUUGAGUAGAGGAAGAACUGAAUUCUCUUUCACCUUCUUUGCAUGGGACUUAUGCAUAUUGCUCUCUUUCAGCUGCAGUUGCUGUGUUGAGCAGCUGUAUAAAGGAGAAUCCACAGUGGGAUGUGUCACAGCCACUGGAAACCCCCUGCCAGGUGGCACAUUACUGUCAGGGCUGUGUGCAAGGAGAGUCACCUCUUACCUCCCCUGCAGAAACUUCUCUGCUGUGGGGCAGCAGGUGAGGACCCAAAGGAAACCUCAGCUGGGCCGAUAUGUCACCAGGAAGGAAGAAAUUCUGUCUGCAGGGAGUGUGGGAAGAGCUUCAUCUGGAGCUCAACCCUCAGUAGAGCCCAGAGAACCAACCGAGGGGUGAGUCCCUAUGAGUGUCUUUGCUGCAGGAAGAGGUCCGUCCAGAGCUGGAAGCUCAUCAUACACCAGUGGAUCCAUGUGGGAACCCUACAGGUGUGCAGCCUGCAAGAAGAUCUUUGGCCACAGCUGGAACAUGCUGAGGUAUCAGAGUGUCUGCACUUGGGUGAAGUCCGAUCUAUGCCUGCACUUGUGAGUUUUCCUGUCAGGAAGCCUUAGAAAUGCCUCGAGUGUGAGAAGGGCUUUGUGCAGAGUGCAGAGCUCCUCACUGGCCCUACAAGUGUUUCUGGUGCAUCACUGGCACCCUGUGCAGAAGGGACUUAAGCCAGGAGCUUCAGAUGGCCUCUCCUUGCUGCCCAAAGCAGUUCUCUCACCAUGUCCGGUUUUGUCUUCGCCCUUCCUGCCAGCAGCAUUUUGAUGCCGUUUCCUAAGGAGAUGUGUAGGGAUGUUCUGUGUGUCUGUGUGCAUGUGUUGCUCUCAGUAAUCUGUGAGUGCACGGAUGAAUCUGAGAGAAGGGUCAGGAGAGCAGUAACGUGGCUCUUGGAGGUUUUCUGAGAAUCAUCUGUAGUGGAAAGGGAAGGGGUGAAUAAAGUAGCUGAGUUGUAAUGAAGCUUUAUUCACUGUAGUCUUGUUUAUUGUUCUUAAAAUAAAUGUCAGCAUUUGGAA